UUCGAUGCAGUAAUUGAUGUAAGCAUAAUUUCAUAUCGAUAUCAGUACGCAGAUUUCACUCAGCCAUACACUGAUCCAGGAGUGGUGAUGGUAGUUCCCCUUAAAUCAAAAGUGGAUCAUAGAGCUUGGUUAUUUAUGAAACCUUUUACGAAGACUAUGUGGGUUCUAAUACUGGCCAUGGUUAUCUACAAUGGCUUCAUUCUUUGGAUGUUGGAAAGACGCCACAGUCCUGAAAUUACAGGUUCCAUGCUGAAUCAAACUGGGACCAUGGCUUGGUUGGGAUUAACCCCUCUAAUGAAGUUAGAUGGUAAUUUUAAUUUAAGAUUCUAUGUUCUUGUAUGCCAUCAUUUAUCUCAUUGUUGAAUACUUAGUUAAUUCUAAUUCGGCUCAUUUGACUGAACAUAGGAGACAAGCUACAUAGCAAUUUAUCAAAGAUAGUUAUGGUGGUUUGGUUGUUUGUGGCACUUAUCAUAACACAGACUUACACAGCUAACCUUGCCAGCAUGCUAACUGCUGAACGGCUUGAACCAACUGUAGAUAAUAUUGAUCGGCUACGGAAUAGCUACAUCAGGGUUGGAUACAGUUCAGGAUCCUUUGUGAGACAUUAUGUGGAGACAGUGUUGAAGUUCCACCCUGAAAACAUGAGGAACUAUGGAGAACUUGAAGAAUAUGCUGAAGCUUUCAGAAGAAAAGAAAUAGGAGUUGCCUUUCUGGAAGUUCCUGCAGCCAAAAUUUUCCUAGCAAAGUACUGUAAAGAGUUUAUUCAAGCCGGGCCUUUGUACAAAGUUGGAGGAGUUGGAUUUGCAUUUCCAAGGGGGUCUCCAUUGAUUCCUCACGUAAACAAAGCACUUCUAGAUUUAGUAGAAACCGGCAAGGUAAGUGAAUUAGAGAACAAAAUGCUUGGAUCAGAGGAAUGUGAAGACACAAAAGUAAAUGGAGAAACUGCAAGUCUUAGCCCAAAUAGCUUCUGGGUCCUCUUCAUAUUGACAGGAGGCACAUCAACAUUUUCUCUCUUGGUUUAUGUUUUCUGUAUGAAUUAUGCAAACAGUGAAGAGAAAACAAUCUGGGGAUUAACCACAAUGAUCAUUCAACAAUGUAACCAUGCAAAGAGAAGAAUGUCAGGAAAAGUAAGUGAUGUUGCAGAAAGCCCUACGACCUCUUCAACCACACAUAAUUUCGAUGCAGUAAUUGAUGUAAGCAUAAUUUCAUAUCGAUAUCAGUACGCAGAUUUCACUCAGCCAUACACUGAUCCAGGAGUGGUGAUGGUAGUUCCCCUUAAAUCAAAUGUGGAUCAUAGAGUUUGGUUAUUUAUGAAACCUUUUACUAAUACUAUGUGGUUUUUAAUACUGGCCAUGGUUAUCUACAAUGGCUUCAUUCUUUGGAUGUUGGAAAGACGCCACAGUCCUGAAAUUACAGGUUCCAUGCUGAAUCAAACUGGGACCAUGGCUUGGUUGAAUUUCGAUGCAGUAAUUGAUGUAAGCAUAAUUUCAUAUCGAUAUCAGUACGCAGAUUUCACUCAGCCAUACACUGAUCCAGGAGUGGUGAUGGUAGUUCCCCUUAAAUCAAAAGUGGAUCAUAGAGCUUGGUUAUUUAUGAAACCUUUUACGAAGACUAUGUGGGUUCUAAUACUGGCCAUGGUUAUCUACAAUGGCUUCAUUCUUUGGAUGUUGGAAAGACGCCACAGUCCUGAAAUUACAGGUUCCAUGCUGAAUCAAACUGGGACCAUGGCUUGGUUGGGAUUAACCCCUCUAAUGAAGUUAGAUGGAGACAAGCUACAUAGCAAUUUAUCAAAGAUAGUUAUGGUGGUUUGGUUGUUUGUGGCACUUAUCAUAACACAGACUUACACAGCUAACCUUGCCAGCAUGCUAACUGCUGAACGGCUUGAACCAACUGUAGAUAAUAUUGAUCGGCUACGGAAUAGCUACAUCAGGGUUGGAUACAGUUCAGGAUCCUUUGUGAGACAUUAUGUGGAGACAGUGUUGAAGUUCCACCCUGAAAACAUGAGGAACUACGGAGAACUUGAAGAGUUUGCUGAAGCUUUCAGAAGAAAAGAAAUAGGAGUUGCCUUUCUGGAAGCUCCUGCAGCCAAAUUUUUCGUAGCAAAGUACUGUAAAGAGUUUAUUCAAGCCGGGCCUUUGUACAAAGUUGGAGGAGUUGGAUUUGCAUUUCCAAGGGGGUCUCCAUUGAUUCCUCACGUAAACAAAGCACUUCUAGAUUUAGUAGAAACCGGCAAGGUAAGUGAAUUAGAGAACAAAAUGCUUGGAUCAGAGGAAUGUGAAGACACAAAAGUAAAUGGAGAAACUGCAAGUCUUAGCCCAAAUAGCUUCUGGGUCCUCUUCAUAUUGACAGGAGGCACAUCAACAUUUUCUCUCUUGGUUUAUGUUUUCUGUAUGAAUUAUGCAAACAGUGAAGAGAAAACAAUCUGGGGAUUAACCACAAUGAUCAUUCAACAAUGUAACCAUGCAAAGAGAAGAAUGUCAGGAAAAGUAAGUGAUGUUGCAGAAAGCCCUACGACCUCUUCAACCACACAUGUUACACCAACUCAAGUUUAA